UUUGUUUCCUUUCACGGUAACCGCUAGUUUUUUUUAUUCUUUCACCUAUUGAGUGGACUUUGAUAUCGCUAUCAGGUCGUUUCCUGAAUUUAUCAGAAGCUUUGUUUUAAUGUUCCAUUUUGUUAUUCGAGUGUUUAGUUUGAAAUAAUACGGAUGGAUAACGAUAUUUAUCGGCAGUUAAACAGGCUGGAAGAGGAGUUUAAUGAUAUUCUCAAUUACAGGGAUAGUGUUUCUUCUAAUAACAGUGUCUGUAGUUAUUCUGGAAAUAAAAAGGAAUGGGAGGACUACUGGGCUUGCGAGCAAUCCAUCGCUAGUGCCCGAGCAAGUGUGAUGGUUUACGAUGAUGUUAACAAAAAAUGGGUUCCAUCGGGCACGUCGUCGGGUCUUUCCAAGGUGCACAUUUAUCAGCACACGGUACAUCAGACGUUUCGAGUGGUCGGUAGGAAACUUCAAGAUCAUGAGGUCGUUAUUAACUGCGCCAUUUUGAAAGGGCUCAAAUACAACCAAGCCACAUCGACAUUUCAUCAGUGGCGAGACAAUAAGCAAGUCUACGGAUUAAAUUUUAGCUCUAAAGAAGACGCGGAUUGUUUCGCUAGAGCUAUGUUCCAUUCAUUAGAAGUACUUAGUAACAUAGUUAGGCAACCAGCACCGCCACCUCAAUACGUUCCACCAACGCAACAAAUUCAACAGCAACAACAACCGCAACAAUCAUCUCAACUUCAAGUGCAACAACAACAACCCCCUCAACCACCUCAAAUGCCACAACAGCAACAAUAUGACGAAGAUAUGGGAUAUCGUACGAUGACUCGAGAAGACGUCGCUAUACUACAAGAAAGAAGGAUAUCAUCGAAUUUAAUGUCGCCUCAACAAACUUCCCCGAUGACACCGCAAGUUAAUAACGUGCCUGUACCGCCCGCCAUGCCAAUGGGCGCACCGAGUCCUGUGUCGCCGCCCCAACAGAACGUUCCAGGUGUUAAUCAAACAGGACACCAGCGGACGGUAAGCGCUCCUCCGGCACCGCCUCCGCCUCCGGGACCACCAGCACCUCCGGCCGCAGCAGCGGCACCGCCGCCGCCUCCUCCACCUCCCAUGAAUAUGUCGAGGUCACAAAGUAGCGACGGCGGUGAGGUCAAUUCGUUAGCUGCGCAGUUACAAAAUGCCAGGCUCAAAAGAAACAGUAAGAAUACUCCUCCACCGACUGAAAACAGUGGAUCAUCUACUAGUAGCGGAGGUAGCAGUAAUUAUGGAACGUUAGGAAGAGGAGGAGGUGGCAGUAUGGCUUCUAUGAUGGAUGAAAUGGCAAAAACUUUAGCUAGGAGAAGAGCUGCUGUAGAGAAAAAGGUGCCAGAUAACGUAGAAGACGAGAAAAAAGCCGCGAUUUGGGAAAAAACUAACACGUUACCGAGUAACACUUCUAAAUUUAAUUCGGAGUCACCAAAAGGUGUCAGAAAGAGAUUUGGUUCAGCUUCUGAAGAAACAAUAUUGAAAGUUAAUGGCCUAUCUGAAGUUGGGGGGUUGUCUGUCGGUCCCACCGAAAUGGAGAGCCUCAAAAAUGAGAUAGUGAAAGAAGUCAAAAAAGAAAUUGCGAAAAUGAAACAAGAAAUAUUAGACGCAAUCAAAUCAGAACUGAACAGGAGGUAAUUUAUGUGCUACCUUCGAUAAUUAUUGAAUCUUUUUGUAUAAUUUUUACACACGAACCAGACUAAAAAUGAAACGACAAUUUCUAACGUUUAAGAUAUAAGUAAUAAUAAUCUCGAUUUUUUAACGUAUAAAAAACUUGUAUGUUCUGUUUUUUUUGUUUUCAAAGUGAGUUAUGGAAAAAAAGUAUUCGCUGUCGUAUAUAAAAAUCGGCUGUUCUGUACAUUUUUAUAUAGUAAUUUUUUUUUCAAUUUACGGGAUUCUAAACUGUAGAUACCCCUCAACUAAUAUAAGAGGCUUUACAAAAAAUUAUCUCAUUAUCUACUCGUUUCUAUAAGUAACGCUAGUCAAGAUGCUUCUCCAGGAAACUCCCCCACUACCUCCAAAAUUUUUUUAGUCUUCCCCAUGGUCUUCUGACAGAUACAAAAUUAUUUUUAUCAAUUUAUAUUUUAUUUUAAAUAUUUAAUAAUUGUAGUGUUUUAAACAUCAUUUUUUUUUAAAAAAACUUUUUGUGUUGAGUUGGGAGUAUCUCGAAAUGAAAAGAAGCGCGUACAGGAUGGCUGAAAAGUUUUUCAUUAAAAUUGCUAGAUGGAUGUGAGAAGAAUAGAGCACUUUUUUAUAUUGAAAUAAUAAUUUUUAACAUAGUAUUUAUUUUACUAUUAUAUAAUUUAUAUUAUUGAAUAUUUAAAAUGUUUUUAGUGAUUCCUAUGUUGCGCAGUCGAAGUGAGGGAUCAUUUUAUUUAUUUUUUUCAAAUCGAAUUUUUAGGUUUUUGGAAUACAAUUAUAAUAGGAAUAAAUGCUUAGCAGUAUUUUCAAAUGUUAAUACUUUCAGAUAACAUUUUUUAGAUUUUGAACCUACCACAAUUUACAGUUUAGUUCCUUCUUCUCAUUACCUUGUAUCGACUUAUUAACCCUGUCUUCUUUAUUUUUCCAUCUUCCUCAUUUUCUCUAUUCUCCCUAGUUCCAUUAUCGAAUACUUUCUUCGUCUCCACUUUUGUUUUCUAAAGAUCUAUUACUUUUUGUGUUUCCUACCGAUCUUAAUAGUGGUUUUUUUCCUUGGUAGUUCAAAUAUUCCUUAUUUCCUCUUUUUUACCUCAGUUCCAUUAUUUAGUCUUCAGUGUCUUUCUAUGUCUCCCCGUCUGUUUUUUAAAUCUGUUACUUCUUGGUAGUUCAAAUGACCUUCACCAACAUUUUAAAGAAUGAUUAAUCAAGAACUUAAAUAAUUGAUAAAAAAAUUUUGAUAAUGACCAUUUCCAUGAUAUUCAGAUGUUAACAUUGAUUUUAAUGUCCUGUGGUUUUUAUAUUACUACGGUUUUAUUCAUUUUAUCUAGUCUUAUCUAAAUACUGGUUUAACACUAUCGUCAAAUUUUAGUAUAGCCAAAAAACAUUUUCUAGAUCUUGUAUCUCAAAUUAACUACCACAAUUUACAGCUCGGUUUCUUCUUCUCCUUUCUAUUUCCAUGUCCCAACUUCUCUAUUUACUUCAUUUUACACUCAGUUCCAUUAUUUAGUCUAUCGAUUUGUUUUUCUAAAAAUCUAGUACUUUUUUUUCUCUCUUUAUAGUCAAUUAUUAUCUUUUAGUAGUUCAAAUAACCUUCCACCAACAUAUUAAGGAAUAAUUAAUCAAGAACUUGAAUACUUGAACAGUUUUUUAUGUCUUCUAAAAUUUGCCCCGCAUAAAUUUCUUCUAGUAUUGUCUAAGAUACAGUUUAUAACGACUAAGUUAAACGCUACUUUCAAAUCAACAUGAAACUUUAUCAAAAAAUUUUUCAUAGUAUCCCAUUUUCAACAAUUAUUUUAAUAUACAAUUUUCAAUAAAUAAUCCCCUGUAUACAUAAAAUAAGUAUUUUUUUUUCGUUGUUUGAUUAGUUUUUUCGUUCUGGUACCAUUUUUUGAUCUACUGCUGGCUAAUACUUAACGAUUUCAUUAUAUUCUUACAGUAGUUCAAAUGUACCUUCCACUAAUUUAGUUAUGAACAAGAACUACUAAAAAAAUCGUGAAUAUUAGGGAAUAAAUUGCUCCAAAAACCUAAAAAAUGCAAAUAAAAAUCACUAAAAUAAAAACAAUCAACUUUUAUCUACUACAGUAUUAUAAUUAAGUAUCGUAAUCUUUUAUAAAAGAAAUUGACAACAUGAUGAAGACUGAAGUAACGUUUAUGAAAUUUUUAUACUGCCUUUCAAACAUUGUCUUGACUUUAUGUAUGGAUGAAUAGAAAAAAAUUCAAAAAUAUUUUAAAAAACAUCUUAUACGCACAUUAAAAAAUUAACUACAACUACUUUGACCAAAAUAGAUGUCAGAAUCAGCUAAAAAAUAUUAUAAACUUGUUUAUUACCAACAAAUAAGACAUGCGGUGUUUAAAAUAUGAUUGUAUUGAUUUUCUCUAUUCAUCCAAGUUCCCUGCACAAAUUUUAAGGAUUAAUUUAUGUAUUAAAUUUGAAAAAUUAUAUUCCCAUAUCUUGUACUGCGUAACGCUUGUAUAUAAUAUUAGACUAAGGACUUCCAUUGAUGAUUUUUAUUCAGAGUUUUGACGAAAGCUGAUCAUUAAAUCGUUUUCAAUAUUAAUUUUGUUUUUGUACAAAAGAUUCUUUUUGUGUUUCCUUAAAAUUCCAUUCGUAUUCUUUUUAUCAAAAUAUUUCAUCUUUUAUUCAAUAAUUCUAACAAAAAUUCCAUAGCUUAAGUUUGUCGAAUGUAUUUUUAUUAUAAUCUGUAUUUCUUCAUUUUUCUUCCCAAUACAUUCCUUGCAACAUUUUUCAAUCAACUUGUUAUAUACAAAAAAUUCGCAACAUCAAAUUUUGUUGAUUGAACUGUGAUACAUUUGAACUACUUUUGGUUCCGUCCUUAAUAAAUUGAUUCAUGGAAUUAAUGAAAAGUUCUUUUGGCUUUUCCUGUUCGGUUAAACAGUUUCUUGUGUUGUCUUCGUACCUCAUCCUUUUCUUCUCAGGUAUUUAUUUUCUAUUGCUUAAAUGCCAAAGUUUCUAUAGGUAUAUAAUAUUCAUUAUUAUUAUUAGGUUUCCAUUUUCUCAUCAACAUUAAAUAUUCGUUAAUUUAUUAUUUUCUAACAGUAGUUCAAAUGUACCUUUCAUAAAUUUGAACAUAAUGAAGUACCAUUAAUCAAAAACUUGAAUAUUAAGAAAUAAAUUGAUCCAGGUACCUAAAACAUUCAUAUAAUGAAGUACCAUUGCUCAAAAAUUUUAAUAUUGGAAAGUAAUUUGGUUAAGGAACCUAAAAAAUUUAAAUAAUGAAGUAUGAUUUAUCAAAAACUUGGAUAUUGGGAGAUAAAUUGAUCCAGGAACCUAAAACAUUCAUAUAUUGAAGUAUCAUGGAUCCAAAACUUCAGUAUUGAUAAUUAAAUUGAUCCAGAUACCUGAAACUGAUAUAUACUGAAGUACCAUGGAUCCAAAACUCCAGUAUUGAUAAAUAAAUUGAUGCAGCCACCUAAAACAUUCAUGUACUGAAGUACCAUUCAUCAAAAAUUUGAAUAUUGGAAAGUAAAUUGAUCCAGGAACCUGAAACAUAUAAAUAAUGAUAUUUUUAUAUGCUGAGUUGUUCAUUGUCUUUUAUGUUCUUGAGACUAUUUUGCCCAGGAUAACUAUAAACUUCUCUGAUGCUAAGUCUGGAAUUUCUAUUUUAGCACUUACCGUCUUAUUUUAGUUUCAUAUAGCAUACAUUGUUAAUUUUUCUUCUUCCAACCUAUGGCAAAGGCCUAUUUCAAAUCAAAAGUACAAGGAAAUAUAAAUAUAAGUGGUUUAGAUAUAUCAGAAUGUAUUCUCACAAACUUCCAAUUUAUUAUUCCAUUUCCAAUACAUGUUUUUAUACCCAACUUUGAUAGCUAAAAUUGGUGUAUGUAUUCUUAUUACAACAAAUUUCUCCGCUUUCUAUCAUUAAGUUAGUUUCCUUUGAUAUUUUGAUAACGAAACAAUUCCCAGCUUAAAAUUUUCCAUUAAACUGUGGUACAUUUGAACUACUUUUGGUUCUCUUAUUAACAAAUUAAUUAAAAAUUUAUGUUGUGUUGAAUAAAUAAUAUGUUCAUUUUUUCACUUAGAUAAUAAUGAUCAGCUCAAUAUGUUUGUGUUUUGGUUAAUAUAUAUAUUGAAGUUGCUCCGUUGGGUAUAAACAUACCUUUAUUAAAAAAAAGGAAAGAAGGCGCCGUUUAUAUUGUAGAUUUCAUUAGAAGCUUGAUAGAGUAGCGUAAAUCAUAUAAUACAUCGAAAAAUCAAUGUGAACCAGACUUUUCAACAAGUUUUUUUAUUGUUUCAUCAUAUACAUAUAUACAAUCAGUACGGAAGAACAAGUAUCGGCACUUCUUCAUGUUGUUUAUCUGUGCCAAAGAAUCUAUCGAAAAAACAAAUUAAAAUGAUUACUAAUCCUCAUCUAGAAUGAAAUUUAUAUAUUUUUUAGUGAUAUGUGGUGACCUGGAAUUUUUUUUGUUGAAAAUUUUGGUUCUUUCAUCAAAUUGUUACAUUUACUUGAAGACAAUUUCGAAACGGGAGCGAUUUGUAUAAAAAAGGAUAUAAUCAAUUUUUAAAAGAUUAAUUAUAACUUUGUGAUAUUGUAUUAAUAUACUGCGUUUAUUUUUAUUGUAAAUUUUUUAUUAUAAUCACUUUAUAUUCGUAUGUCAUGUAUGCCAAUUCUUGAAGCAACCGUAUUUACCUUACUUCAAAAAAAUAUAUGAAAAACUUAUUAGAUUUUCGAAAUUCAAUUAAUAAGUAAUUCACCGGAAGCACCUCAUAUGUGCCCAAAAAAUGACUAUAGAAAUUGAAAAAAUUUCAGUAUUAAUAUCGUUUGGUGUAACGCAAAAAUUUAUCUCCCGGGUAUUAUUUAUUAAAACAUAUCUAAUAUUUCAAAUGUGUCAAGAAUUAAUCCAUUAAUCACCUAAUUAUAAUAUAUUUUUACAUACCCUUAAUCGAUGAAUAUAUUUUUCUGUAUUAAAUGAGAAACGUAAAACUUUUCUUCAAAAAUGGGACAUGCCGUAUAUAUUUUAGUUGAUUUAUUUUUGUAUGUGAUCUCGAUUUAUUCAAAAUUAACGUUUCCAAAGUUUUUCGUUCAAAAGUGGUUUUUCUUGAUUAACUUUUUCGUUGUAAAUUACAAAGUGUAUUUGAAAUAAACAUAUACAAAUUA